AUGGUCACCUCUAUGGCUACCAGCACAUACCGCACCCGCGCAGGGCUCGAUUCCGCAGGGCCGCUCGCAUCCUACCUCUUGCGCCUGAUGUCCAUAAAGCAGACGAAUCUCUGCUUAUCCGCCGACGUGGAGACCUCGGCUGAACUACUCGAUUUGGCGGAGGAGUGCGGAGACUCCAUCUGCAUCCUAAAGACACACUGCGACAUUGUCACAGACUGGAGCGACCGCACCGCGAGGGCGCUCAAGGAGAUUGCACGACGCAAGUUGUUUGUGAUUUUUGAGGAUCGCAAAUUCGCAGAUAUUGGCGAGACGGUACAGAAGCAGUAUACCUCCGGCGUCUACCGCAUCGCUAGUUGGGCCGAGAUCACAAAUGCACACGUCCUCCCCGGUCCCGCCAUUGUCACUGCCCUCCACAAAGCCGCCGACGCUACCAUCGCCAAGUACAACACGGGCGUGCACACCGACAUUUAUUCCGACGCACCGCGACGCAAGCCUGGCGAGGACGACGACGAGGACGAACCUGAGCAGCACACAAGAAAAAACAGCGUUGCUGUAGUCACUCCUCCGAUAAAUGGCGACGAUGAAGACAAGCGGCUAGGCAUCAAGCCAUUGGACAGGAAACAGAGCGUUGUCAGUAUCGGUACUUCGAUCUCUCAACGUACGGAGAGCAUUUCCCCUCGCCCAGACCCGACCUUCCAUCCCGAAGAGACUCUCAGUAUCGAUAGAAUCGCCAUGUUGGCUCGCCUUGGCGAACCUCCGUUCCUCCGCUCGCUCCUCUUGCUUGCCGAAAUGAGCUCGGAAGGUCAUCUAAUGACUCCUGAGUACCAACAGAAGACCCUGGAUAUUGCGCGCAGCAACCGAGACUUUGUCAUGGGGUUCAUUGCACAGCGUAGUUUAAACUCGGAACCAGAGGACAACUUCCUUACCAUGACCCCAGGUUGUCAGCUACCACCACCAGGUCAAGAAGGCCAGAAGCUUGGAGACGGUUUGGGCCAGCAGUACAACACCCCACGAAAAUUGAUCUUCGAGCAAGGGUGCGACGUAAUCAUCGUUGGACGCGGUAUCGUACGAGCAUCGGAUCGAUCGUUUGAGGCAGCACGCUAUCGGGCCGAGGGAUGGCGGGCGUACGAGGAGAGAGUGGGGGUCAGACAGGGAUAA